AUGAAGUUCACAGCACGGUCCGACGAUCAAGUCCCAAACAGACCAGAAAGCGCCUUCGACAGGCCCUAUGAUUCGAGAUAUGGUGUAGAAGUCUCCAUAACAGGUGGCAGGCCGAAGAAGUCCACUUUAGCCGAAAAAGCAGCCAAGUUUGGUCGUCAAGCAUUCGGAGGUCGUUCUGCAUCUGCUGGAGUCAAAGACGACUCGAGACGACCAUCGCUACCGAGUCAAUAUACUGCAGUAAAAAACGCCUCGGGUCUGUAUCGUGAUGGGUCGAGAGUCCGCAGCAGCAUCAGCAUGAGUUCACUGGUCUCAGCUCACUCCAAGACACGGAACGUGCGUGGUUCAGUCUCAUCAAGCAUAUAUGAUGAACCAGAGACGACGGAUCCCAUACCACCCCUGAACAUCGUCAAGAAGGCUCCUUUGCCGCAACUGCCACCUGUCUAUCCGACAGUCAACACCUCAUCCCUCACUGGCCUCCCAUCAAACACAUAUCGACAACCAAGUCUGACAGAAGACGACGAGUUGUCGAGGUACUCGAUUGACAGCAACGACUCUACAAAAACUGUCACACAGUCGCGAGCAGACCCUUCGAGGAGUCACUUCAGUUGGACAACUUACGCAGAGACAGAGCGUAGUCUCUCACCAACCACGUCAUUCAUUGACAACACAAAUCUCGCAAGGGAACCAGAUAGCCGUUUCAGUUGGACGACAACAAAUACAGACGCGACAUACCAACAGGACACACCGAUUUGUAGCCCGACAUCCAUAUAUCCUACCUCGAUCAUGUCACGACGACGCCCCGUGCCUGGAAGAGAAUCAGUGCAACCAAAAAGACACGACAGCAUGAGCGACGUCCAAGACGAGCGACCACCAACAAAUCACUCAACCGACAAACUACUUCCACAACCACCGAAGACAAGACAGGCAAUGAACCACGUUGAGGAACUGAUGUUGCGGGUGGAGUCACUGGAAGUGCUGAAGACGAACAUGCAGAAACUGUUCAAGGAGCUCGAAAAAGUAGACUCGGCCAGCCCGAUUGAAGUGUCGGAAAGAAUGCGACGCGAGAACCGUAAGAAAAUGGACGAAGUGCGAAUCAGGCAAGACGAAGUGCAGAGGGAACUGUUCGAGGUCGGUAGGUUGCUGAGCAGGGCCAGAGCAAAAGCGGAAGAGGCAGACGGAAGCACAGGAUUGUGGCUUCGACGCGUUACAGACUGA